GCAGACAACAAGACUGAGGCAGCUAUGUCUGAGCUGGUGCCGGAGCCCCGGCAAAAACCAGCAGUGCCAAUGAAACCUGUUGGCAUUAACUCCAACCUGCUGGGCUACAUUGGGAUCGACACCAUCAUUGAGCAGAUGCGUAAGAAGACCAUGAAGACGGGCUUUGACUUCAACAUCAUGGUUGUAGGUCAAAGUGGGCUGGGGAAAUCAACACUGGUGAACACCCUCUUCAAAUCCCAAGUUAGCCGCAAGUCUUCAGGCUGGAACCGUGAGGAGAAGAUCCCUAAGACAGUGGAGAUCAAGGCCAUUGGGCAUGUCAUUGAAGAAGGUGGUGUCAAGAUGAAACUGACGGUAAUUGACACCCCAGGGUUUGGUGACCAGAUCAACAAUGAGAAUUGCUGGGAGCCCAUUGAGAAAUACAUCAAUGAGCAAUAUGAAAAAUUCCUGAAAGAGGAAGUGAAUAUUGCAAGGAAAAAACGAAUCCCAGACACGAGAGUCCACUGCUGCCUCUACUUCAUCUCCCCCACGGGUCACUCCUUGCGACCCCUGGACCUAGAGUUCAUGAAACAUCUCAGCAAAGUAGUAAACAUCAUCCCUGUUAUCGCCAAGGCAGACACCAUGACCCUGGAAGAGAAGACUGAGUUCAAACAAAGGGUGCGCAAAGAACUGGAGGUGAAUGGGAUCGAGUUUUACCCCCAGAAAGAGUUUGAUGAGGACCUGGAGGAUAAAACAGAGAAUGACAAAAUCAGGGUAGGACACACCAUAUCAUGA